AUGUCCUCGAUGGCUCACUCCGCUGCUGAAUCUGUCUCGUCACAACCCGAUCGUCCAGAGCGCAGCCGUAAUGCUAAAGCUCAAGCUCGCCAUCGUGCAAAGCGAAAGGCCUACAUCGAGCAGCUCGAGCAAACCGUCACUAAACUACAAACCGCUUUGGGCUUUACCCCAGACCAAGUGGCAGCUUUACCGCCCCCCUUGGUCAAGAUUCGCGAGCUCGAGCAAGAAAAUACCCGCUUACAGAAAGAAAAUGAAGAAAUGAGACGUUUGUUGGAAUCUGACCAUCGAGCUGGUCAUUUAUCCUCAGACUAUCGUCGGCACUCCAUGUCCAACUUCCACGACACUCGCAACUGUGACCGCGACUUCAAGAAACGCAAAAUGGAUGAUCUCUACAUGGUCGACGCCCCUCAUGGUGAUCGUCCACCUCCACUUACCAUUCCGCAGCCAAUUUCCCAUCACCAGUAUGGCAAUAUACCCUCCCACAAUGGCACAUCUGGUCAUGGCGGUGUUUCAGGCAACUCCUCCUCGCUCUUUAAUUUGCACGCUCCCGCUUUUCAUCAUCUUCCUCAUACUCCGUCCGGAUCAAGUUCAACUUCAAGUCCUCCAUUUUCGGCGAUGACCAUUGUUUUCUGUUUCACCCACCAGCAGCCCACCCAAAUGCAACACUCAUCGCAUUCCCCGGUCAACAGUCGUCCAAGUUCAUUGUCGCAUCACCCACUUCCAAGCAACUACCAUUCCAAUCAUUACGGAUCCGUCAAAGUUGAAGACGAUCAUUACAGCGUAAGUUGUACGCAAUCAAUAUCCCAACCGCUUACAGACUGGUUUUUGCAGUCAUCAAACCAUCAUAACCAUAAUGGGCCCUCAAACCAUUACCACACUACUCUCCCUCCAUUUGCCCAAACUGUGCCAGAAGCUGAAGUGGAUAACUGGCAUGCUUAUUCGGCCGAACGUGCCCAGGUUCAUCGGUAG